AUGGUAGAAUAUACCGCACCACCCAAAGACCUUAACCGGCUGAACCCCAUCCAGCGGUACAUGCAAAAAGGCACCCUGGACAAGCAGGACUAUGUCUGGUUGUUUAUCUUCGUUCUCCUGUAUUUUACUGCACGACCAUACAUUCAAGAGCUUGCCAAACGCUUUUUCGCCUCUGGAAAUAUCGAAGAAGGCGAGCAGGUCCGCAAAGAUUACAUCAAGUCAAAAGCAAAGGUCGGACCCAACGCCAUUCGCGGUUUAGAAACCCACGAGUUGGAGACCAUACCAGAGACCAAAGAAGAGACGCUCGCCUCGGGAAGUUAUACGGCCACUGCAGGCAAAGUCGUGAACCGCAAGAACAAGGAAAAGACCGGCGAAGAAAAGCUACUCGACUGGGAUGAUGAGCCUGAGAGGUCGCAGGUCGAAGGUGACAAAACAGAUGUCGUUUCUUGGUUAGAUAGAUGGGAUAAAGAGGCUGAGAUGUGA